GUUUUAAGAAUUAACUCCAAACCCUUUAUUUUUUGGCCGCGUGGCAUGUGGGAUCUUAGUUCCCCAACCAGGGAUGGAACCCGCGCCCCUUGCAGUGGAAGAGCGGAGUCUUAACCACUGGACUGCCAGGGAAGUCUCAGGGGAGUAGGCGUUUUUAACCCCCCAUGCUGCAGAAAGGGAAGCUUGGAAAAAUAAUUUCAUCAGGGUCACGCGGCUGCCCACAUUCCAAAGCUUCAGCUUUUAACCAUUUUAACCAUUACUCUGUGCCGCCCAGUGGCCCUUCCAUUACGGAGUGCUUCUGCAGCUCAUAUCUCAUUUGAUAGUCCUGGUACCUCUGAUGAAUAGUAUUGUCAUCUAUAGAUGAGAUCGAGGACUAGAGGUUUUGAUCUAAGGUCACAUACCUAGGAAGUACUGGAACCAGCACGCUUUCCCAGAUCGUCUCUGAGUUGGAUGCCUUUUUCCUGUCACCCUGGGUAUUGCAGUCUCAGAAUCUUGGAGAGCUUUAUAGUUGGAAAGAAGGAAAGCCUGGUCUGACCCUUCCGUUUAUAGUUGAGGAAAGAAAACCUAGCUGGAAGAAAUGACUUGAUACAAGACUCAGGUCAGCAGCAGAGCUUCCACAAGUGCUUUUUGAAUACAAGGUGGUUAUGAAUCUAAAAAGGAUGGUUGGCAGGGAGUGAUGCGAUAGGAUUAUUGGAAUCCACGCCUCCUAGUUCUUAGGCAAAAGCUCUUCCUCCGGCUGUUAAAGUUUCUCAUCCUUCCUUUGCCUGUGCCAGGGACAUGAUCCUGCAUAGAGUCAGAUGCUAUGAAUGCCUUCACAUGGCACCAAAUUUAGAGAACAUGCCCUAUUAUCUUUAAGUGAAAGAUCUGGGAAACCAAGAGCUAAUGGAGCAGUGUUGGGAAGUAGAGCCCAGGACCUACUGUCUGAAGCUUAGAUUUCAGUUUUGGUGCUAGCAUUGUGACCUUGAGGAAGACUUAAUCUUCUAGACUUUGACUCAUGUGUUCUUCACAUUUAUGCAGUGUAUUCUAUGUUCAGGACUGUGCUAGGGACUGGGGAUGCAGCUGUGAACAAGACAAGCAUAGGUUAGUCCUUGUAGUGCUUAUAGUUUUAUUAUAGGGAGUUAGACUGAUCAAAUAACUACACAGAUAUUAACUGAUAUUGUUAAAGUAAGUUCCAUAAAAAAGUACAGGGUGCUAUGAAAGUGGGCUAUAGGACAUUUGACCUGUUGGGCUAGAGGAGGCAGCCAAGGAAGGCAUCCUCUGAGGAAGUGAUGCUUAAGCUGGGAGCUGAAAGAAAAGUGUGAGGUAGUUCAUUAAAGAGGUGAGGGAAGAUCAUUCCAAGCAAAUUCAACAGUAUUUUUGAAGACCCUGGAGCAGGAAGAGCAUUCAAGGAGAUGAAAGAUCACUUUUCUUAUUUGUAAAAUGUGGGUGGUAUUCACAGCCCUGUUAUUGUGGCAUUCAGUGGAUGUUCACAAGAAUUGUCUUCAGUUAUGGCCUUGGGUUUAAGGUGCUUCCGCUUGGUCCACCCUGCCUUUUGCAACUCCCUUGCAGCCUUGAUCAGACCUGUUUCAGAAGUUACGCUGAAGACAGUGAGUGGAAGACAGAAUGACCAUGGGCGAUACACAGCCUAUCCAGUUGUACCAGUCCGUCAUUUUGCUACCAAGAAAGCCAAAGCCAAAGGGAAAGGACAGUCCCAAACCAGGGUGAAUCUUAACACUGCCUUGGUUGAAGAUAUAAUCAGCUUGGAAGAGGUGGAUGAAGAAAUGAAGUCUGUGAUAGAAGCGCUCAAGGAUAAUUUCAAUAAGACUGUCAAUAUAAGGACCUCACCAGGAUCCCUUGAUCAUAUCACUGUGGCAACUGCUGAUGGGAAGUUUGCUCUAAACCAGAUUGGCCAGAUCUCCAUGAAGUCGCCACAGCUGAUUUUGGUGAAUAUGGCCGGCUUCCCAGAGUGUACAGCUGCAGCUAUCAAGGCUAUAAGAGAAAGUGGAAUGAAUCUGAACCCAGAAGUGGAAGGGACGCUAAUUCGGGUACCCAUUCCCAAAGUAACCAGGGAGCACAGAGAAAUGCUGGUCAAACUGGCUAAACAGAAUACCAACAAGGCCAAAGACUCUUUACGGAAGGUUCGCACCAACGCGAUGAAUAAGCUGAAGAAAUCGAAGGACAAGGCCUCAGAGGACACCAUUAGGCUCGUAGAGAAACAGAUCAGCCAAAUGGCCGACGACACAGUUGCAGAGCUGGACAGGCAUCUGGCAGUGAAAACCAAAGAACUCCUUGGAUGAAAAUCCCCCAGGAGCCAGCAGUGGUCCAGAUCCCAGUUCCUAGUGCAUCCCAUGGGUGGCAAACUGGUACCUCUCUACCCCAUCCACACGGAAGGCUGUCACCGUGCAGUUGUCAGUCCUUGUGAGGCCCAGCCUUCCAGUGGACACUGUUGUCUUCCUCCUGCCCCCUGUCCACCCCAUCUGCUCUGGGCCUUCUGGCAUGGGUGGCCCUCGGAGAGUCUUUGUCGCUGACAGAGGGCCUUUACUUGGGCCAUUUGUUUUGACUGUGAUGUCACCAAGCCGUCAGGAUCAUUGGCGGGCUUAGCACUGCCUGCUCCUCAUCUCGGGAGCCUCCUUUUCAAACUGUUAGUCAGGCCCUGUCCCCACCUUUGAACUCUGCUUGGGUUGAUAUGGGCCUUCACCUGUACCUGGGUACCUUAGCUAGAGGCCCAUUUUCACCAAACAAUAAAAUCUAAAUAAAUUGAUUGGAAAGAAUAACAACCACAAAGG